AUGUUAUUGCUUGGUUCGACUGCCUUGGCUCUGCUCCUCGGGAGCAGAUCAGUUUCUGCCGGUUCACUGAAGGACAUCAAGCAUGUUGUGAUCUUUAUGCAGGAGAACCGAUCAUGGAAUAGAAAUUCAACUAACCAUGUACAGUAUUUCGGCACAAUGGCAGGCGUACGGGGAUUCAAUGACCCAAACGUGCAGAUCAAUCCAGACGGAUUACCUGUUUGGUACCAACAAGUCGAUCCUGAUAUGUCCAAUGCUACAACGACUCUCCUCCCUUGGUAUUUAGGUUAUAAAGGAGGGAACACGACGGAUGCGAUCCAGUGCAUGGCAGCGGGAGAUAACGGUUACGUGGAUAGCCAUGCUUCGCUCAACGGAGGACUGAACAAUCACUGGGCCAGGAAUAACACGCCUUGGAGUUGGGGAUAUUUUAAGAGAGACGAUAUCCCUGUUCAUUAUGCUAUUGCAGAGGGUUGGACGACCGGUGAUAUGUAUCAAGAGUCCCAAGUCACCUCUACCAACCCGAACCGGGUUACUCUCGUGAGCGGCUCCGUGAACGUGCCUGGCGGCCCUCAAAAGCCUGAUCAAGGCGGCGUUUAUAUCGACAACAACGUAACACCUGGGUGCGAUAGCUAUCAUAUCAAUUGCUAUCCCCUCAAGUGGAAAACGAUAUUUGAAGUCUACGAAGAGGCAGGCGUCUCCUGGCAGAUAUACCAGGAUAAAGACAACUUUGACGACAACCCCUUGGCCCGGUUUGAGCAGUACCAGAACGCUUCAUCGUCGUCACCGCUCGUAGAGAAAGGCAUGGCGUUUUUGGGAUUGGAAACAUUUUACAAAGCGGCUGCCAACGGGACCCUCCCGGAGAUCAGCUUUAUUGUCGGGCCCGCGGAAUUAUCAGAACACCCGCCCUAUAUGCCCAAGGACGGUGCCUGGCUACAGAAGAAGGUUGUGGAUGCUGUGACAAGUAGUCCUGAAUAUUCAUCCACGCUGCUAAUGAUAAGCUACGACGAAUCUGGUGGUUACGGAGACCAUGUCAUUCCUUUCCACUCACCAGAAGGUACACCGGGUGAGUGGAUGGAGGAUCCUUAUGGCGUAUUUGGAAAACUAUGUGUUGGACCUGGUCUUCGGGUGCCUUUCUAUAUGGUCUCCCCAUGGACCCGUGGCAACCGUGUUUUCACUGAGAGGGCGGAUCAUAACUCCCAGAUUCUAUUCUUGGAGCAGUGGCUUACGGCAAGGGGCUAUGAGAAUGUGCAGACUCCAGAAAUGGUCCACUGGCGUCGGGAACACAUGUCCAACCUCGUCAAUGCACUGGAUCUAGACCAUCCCGACAUUAGUCUUCCAAAAUUGCCAGAAGCUGAAGAGCCUGAGAUGUCUUCAGGUUCUUACGUCGGCACAUCCAAUUGCGAAGCAACAUUUUCAGAGCCCCGUCCUCCUGUGCCAUACGGGAAGCAGAAUGUGACAGAGUCAUUGUUCUUUGAGGACGGAUACAAAGAGGUUGUCGGCUACCUGACUGAGGGACGGUACCUUGUUUUCGAGAAGUCUGGGUAUGCGCUUACCAAUACCGGAAACACAACCAGAUUAAGCAGCAGCGCAGCGCGUUCAGAUCACAGUGGUAAGAAGCAACGAUGGGUCAUCCAUUAUUCCAGCGGCGAAGAGAGCCAGAUUUUCAAAAUCUCCAGUGCCCUGGACGGUAAGUGGCUUGGCCCACACGGAAGUUUGCUGCCAGCUGGUCGCCGAGGCGAUGCUGCAGAAGUGAAGAUCACCUUCCUUGGAAAUCGUCACGGAUAUGGUCUGCAGUAUGUCAACUCAACUGUUAUCAAAAUGAGCGGCCAAGGAGAUUUGCAGAUGAACUCUACAAAACACUCCCGGGAUGGCUACAAGGUGUGGAGUGUCACCUACCACUAA